AUGGCUUCAGGCCCGCGGCUCCGACAUCUGUCUGUCUCGCGGCGGCUGUUGCUGCGUGCCACGCCCUUCGGAGGCCCCUCCGCGGCGGAUUUCGACGACGGCUUCCUACGUCGCAAGCAGCGCCGGAACAGAACUACCUUCACCCUGCAGCAGCUGGAAGCUCUAGAAACCGUUUUUGCGCAAACUCACUAUCCAGAUGUGUUCACUCGAGAGGAGCUAGCCAUGAAAAUCAACCUUACUGAAGCUCGAGUCCAGGUCUGGUUCCAGAACAGAAGGGCUAAAUGGAGAAAAACUGAAAGAGGGGCAUCUGAGCAGGAAGGGCCUAAGGAGGCAAUGGCUGAAGUUACCCCUCCUGGAUUGAAUUUAAAUUCUCCUUCUCCAGUUGAUCAAACAAAGAAUAAGAAGGAGAGUUUGGAGAUUCAACAAAGCCUGAACAGAGCGGUUGCCCCUUCUGGUCCCUUUUUCUCAUCAUGCCUACCAGGAACUCUUCUAAACACAACUACUUAUGCCCAAGCACUGUCACAAGUUGCAUCGCUUAAAGGUAGUCCACUGUGCUCUUGCUGUGUUCCCGACCACAUGAGUCUCUCCUUCCUUCCUACAUAUGGCUGUCAGAGUAAUCGUACAGCAAGUGUGGCUGCCCUGCGCAUGAAAGCCCGAGAGCACUCUGAAGCUGUACUGCAAUCAGCUAACCUUCUAGCCUCCAUUAGCCCCAGCCAUACCUCAGUGGGGAAACUUAACACAGAGAAUGACUUGGACAACAAACUUCCGCUGACUAUUGAACAGAAUGACAGCGAGAAAAAUGUUUGAAACCAACCUUCCACAUCAUAAUGAACCCAACAUCCUAAGAAGCCAAAUCUUCAAUCAUCUGGAUUAUUUUACUGCUGGGACAAAACUUGGUAGUGUUUUUGUUUUUUGUUUUUUGCUAUCGUGGCUAGCUACCAGCACUAGCUUGCUUUUGCCACCUAUUUUGUUGACUUUCCCCCACCUCUUUAUUAAUUUAUUCAACUGAAUCGCCUUGCAUCACCUGGUCUAAAGUGGAAUGGGAUUCAGAGAUUCCGCUAAAAACAGGUUAUAAAUCAAGGACAUUUACUUGUUCAUGUAGCACAUCUUGUGCCAUUGGGAGAAAGGUAUGUGUAUGUGUCAGUCAGCCAACCAGUUAGUUAAUUGAGAAGUCCUUCUGUAUCACCUAAUUUCCCAUUUCAUUAAAGAAAAAAAGUAUAAUAGAAGAAGACCUGUUGUAAUUUUAGUGACUGGAAAGUCAAGUGUCAAGUUUUUGAAGAGAAAUGCGGAUGAAUGGAACUCAGUCUUUCCAAGCCUGAAGAAAACUAGUGCAGAAGAUGACCUGUUGUCUUAGUUGCUUACUAUAAAGACUCCACAUUCAAGGCACUCUAUACCAUGAUCCAUAAUGCACAGAAAAUGUAUAGUCACACAUUUUGUAGAGAGCUUUUCUCUUACGGGACUGGUGUGUUUGAUUUUUUAUAGUUUAUGCAGGUCUGAGAAAGAGGCAAACAAACCGUGUAGUAAUUUCAUAGAAACAUCACUUCAUCUACAGUCACCUCCCUAAAUAAUUUUUGAGUAUGGAAUUUUGGAGGACACACAUCUUGAGUGUGCAGAUAAUCACAGACAGUCCUUUUAGUUGAGAUUUUGGGAAACAGAAAUGCUUGGGAGGAUAUAUAAAGGCAUGGUAGCUAAGAUUCUAGGAAAUACAUACUUUCUGACCAGAGAUAGGAAUCAAGUGCCCUUUAGACCUUCAGCAUUUCUUACCAAAUGCCCUUCAGCAUUUCUUACCAUUAUCUGUCACUGCUGAGAGUUUCAAUCAAAUAACAUAUUGCUUUCAACCCAAAAGGUCUUUGCCUGUCGACAAAAGGAGAGCAGGGAGGAGGGCAUAUUAGUCUCCCAUAGAAGGGAAUUCCAGCAGGUGGGAGGCUCUCUCCCAUGUCCUCACCAAGCUGACUUGUGAUGGUGGUGGAACCAAAAGAAAGCUUUCCACUGUAGACCUUAAAAUAUUGGCAGGUCAUAUAGGGAGAUACAGUCUUUCUGAUAGUCUCAACUUAAGGCAUACAACAAUCUGAUGUUCAUCAGCUCAGAAGUAAGUUUUGUUGACUUUAAUGGAUUCACUCCCAGGUACAACUUAAAAGAGUUAGUUGAAGGUUAAUAGGAUCCAUGAAGGGUGUCUGUUCCAAAGAGGACUACUUUUCCCUCUUACGUAUAAAUCCAUUAACUAGACCCAGACAAAGUAGAGUCAUCCAAUGGUGUUUGCUAAAUGGCCGUCAAGUUUAUAUUCAUUGUUACCUGCUUUCAAGUGGCUUCUGA